GGGCAGUUUCGAGGUUGCCACGUCUGAGAGGAGCGGAAGCGGGUGUGGGACCGGGAUCGGGAUCGGAGCGGCAGUCAAGCGGAGCCAUGGUUUCUGUAAUUAAUACAGUGGAUACGUCCCAUGAGGAUAUGAUUCACGAUGCGCAGAUGGAUUACUAUGGCACCCGUCUUGCAACUUGCUCCUCAGACCGAUCCGUGAAGAUAUUUGAUGUUAAAAAUGGAGGCCAGAUCCUUGUUGCUGAUCUGAGGGGCCAUGAAGGUCCUGUGUGGCAGGUGGCAUGGGCUCACCCAAUGUAUGGCAACAUCUUGGCCUCUUGUUCCUACGACCGGAAGAUCAUCAUCUGGAAGGAGGAGAAUGGAACUUGGGACAAGAUGUAUGAAUACUCGGGCCACGAUUCUUCCGUCAACUCUUUGUGCUGGGCGCCCCACGAGUUCGGCUUGAUCCUCGCUUGUGGUAGCUCAGACGGUGCAAUCUCUGUGCUUUCGUACCCGGGUGAUGGUCAGUGGGAAAUGAAGAAAAUCAGCAAUGCGCACACGAUUGGUUGCAAUGCCGUCAGUUGGGCUCCUGCAGUUAUACCAGGGAGUCUUGUAGACCAGCCUUCGGGACAGAAGCCGAACUACGUCAAGCGAUUUGUGUCGGGAGGCUGUGACAAUCUCGUCAAAAUCUGGAAAGAAGAGGAAGGUCAGUGGAAGGAGGAUCAAAAGCUUGAAGCCCAUAGCGACUGGGUUCGAGAUGUCGCCUGGGCUCCGUCUAUUGGGCUUCCCACGAGCACCAUUGCCAGCUGCUCCCAGGAUGGCAGAGUUUUUAUCUGGAUUUGCGAUGACCCUGCUGGGAAUGCGUGGACGCACAAACUGUUGCACAAGUUCAAUGAUGUAGUGUGGCACGUCAGCUGGUCCAUCACUGGAAACAUCUUAGCUGUCUCCGGAGGCGACAACAAGGUCAGCUUGUGGAAGGAGUCAGUGGAAGGCCAGUGGGUUUGCAUCAGUGACGUGAACAAAGGCCAGGGAUCAGUGACGAGCAUCACAGAAGGCCAACAGAAUGAGCAGUGAAUGGCAAAGGAGCAGCAUAGGAAUGGUGUCCUGAAUUGUAUAUUUGGCAAAAUAAAAUGGAUUCCAAGAAACUGUGAACAAAAGAAAUAAGGUGUUUUGUGUCCUGAAGCCCUGUACCGUUUGGGAGGGGAAACUAUAUUGGUGCAAUUUCUGUUGCCAAUGCCAUGUAAAGACAUCCUUUUGUAAUUGCUUGUUCAGAGUGCCUUGUAGUGGGGAGUAAGAAGGUGCUGUUGGUCUGGGUUGGUUGAUCAAAAGGCACAUGCAUCAACAAAUAUUGUGUUUGAGGUGUUUAAGCCAAUAAAGUAGUGUCACAAUCUAAGGCUGUACACUUGACACAAGCCAUUAAAUUGUCACCAUAUGAUAACUGAUCUCCAGCUGCAGAUGGUAUAAUAGGAUCUUAAAAGGAAUGUUCUCAGACAACAUGAUGGCCAGUGCAUCAGAACUAUACCACAGAGUUCAAGCAGUGAGCUUGUGCUUGUUUUUUACCCCUAAGGAUUUUCCCUAAAUGGUGGACAGGCAAAUCGGGGGGGAAGAGUUGUUCCUGAAUUGCCCCUGCCCGCCUCCAUUCAGAAUAAUGUUGGCAGAAUCUAGGUCACCUACUGAUCAAUUCACCCUAAGAAGGGGGAGAAAAGUUGCUCUGCAAUAACACUACAUUGUGGAUUCAAAUGCAUCAUCAUUUAAAAAAAUACACUUGUUUUCUCUACUAAAUGUUCCUAACCCACCAAACCUUUUACCCAUACCAGAAUCAUUUACUUUGAAAAUGCCUCGACAAUUUAAAAUACUCCCAAAUCUCUUCCAAAAUAAAAAGGCUCCAAUUUUUUGGAACUAGUGACUGCUGGAAUUUCCAGCUUCUAGUCUUGGAGGCAAGCCCAUGUGGGGAAUUGAUCCAUUCGAGUACUGGCUGGGUUUGAGCUGUAUGUACCCGAGUUUGUGCUUGCAACGUUUCCAUUUCAAAGCCCAUUCUCCCCCCUACAAACUGAUCUGAACAGUGUUUAAAUGUCUGUAAAUGAGUCUUUGGCUGAAGUCCAUUUUCAUCAAUAUUUUGUUACAAGGAAUAAUUCAGACUAUAAACUAAAGGAGGUGUAUAGUAUGGGCUCAUUUAAAAACCUCAUUACAAAGACUAGAAAUUAAGCCAUCUGCUUUAAAUAUUUAGUGCCUGCUUCCUGUGGCUCUCUGACUCACUGAUUUAAAUGGAACUGUUAAUAAAUUGAUAUAAUAUUA